AUGAAAUAUUAUUUAUUUUUUAUUUUUUUAAUAAUUAAUAACAUUAAUAGUUUUGUAAUAACAUUUAAUAAUAGCGUAAUAUCGGAAUGUACCAGCAUCACUCCUUGUGAUUUAUCUAAAAGAAAUGUUUGGGAAAAUAAUGAAGCUCCAAUUGAUGGUGACGAUGUUUUAAUAGACCUUUCAAGCUAUUCAGUAAAAUAUAGUAUUUAUCUUGUUGCUAAUAGGCUAGAUAUAGAAUUAAGUUCAUUUACUUUAUAUGGUCAACAACAAGCUACAGAUUCAGAUACUUUAGAAGAGUUAUUAACCUAUUUAACAAUUAAUAAUUCAAAUUUAACAAUCAUAAAUCAGUUUAAUAUUCAAAAUUCAGUUUUAAAUAUAAAUGAAAAAAAAGUAAAUAAUAAUAAAAUAUCAAUAAAUAAUUUAAUUUCAAAUCAAACCUAUACAACACUAGGAGGGUUUUUAAAUAUAGAAUGUAAUACUACGCAAUUCGAGGGUGGGUCUACUUUUACUGAAAUUAUAGGAGAUACAAAUUUUACAGUAAACAGUGAUGCUAGCUUUGAUUCAGUAAUUCUUCAUUCUAGUAGCGGAUUUUUCACGACAAUGGGAACAACUUAUUUCACAAAAGAAUUUUUUUCUUCGAGUAUUGUUCAUUUUGGCGGUAAUCAAACUAUUUUUUCAUCUCUAUCCACCAUCAAUACAAUGUUUUUAGGAGGUCAAAUGAGUAUUACCAGUGGUGUAAGGGUAACAGUAAACAAUUAUAUUCAAUUAAAUUCAAGGUCUUCAAUUGCUAUAUUACAAAAAUCACAACUAUAUUUAACAAAUUCCAUCAAUAACAAAUUAAUAUUAAAUGAAGAGAUAGUAUUGUUAGAUAAUAGUUUUUUAUAUAUUCAGUCAGGUUUCAUCAUUUCAAAAAUGGGUGCUCAAAUGAAUGGUACAAUUAUUAUUGGCGAUGCUAAUGAUCAAACAGCUUUUUCAAACAUUGAACAGCCCUUUGUAAACAUCUUAUCACAAGGUAAUGUUACGCUGUUUUCAUCAACUUUUAACCAUGUAAAUAUAAUUUCAAAUAAUGCUUGGCUCAAUAUAGAAUCUUCAUCGUUUAUUAAUAGUCUCAGUAACCAAGGUGUAACGAAUAUAUAUAGUGGUGUGUCACUUACAUUAUCUGGAUCAUCCUCAUCUAGCACUGUAAAUUUGGCUGGUACUCUUACUGCUCAAAGCUAUUUAAACGCACAUGCCAUAUAUAUAAAUAAUAAUGGUGCAUUAUAUUCAAAUGAUAAAGUUGACGCUACAAUCUAUUCUACAUCUGGUGACAUUUAUUUUAAUUCCCCAAACUCCACAUCCUUCGCUAAAUCAAUUAGUAUUCAAGAAUCAGGCACUUUAACAUUAAAUAAACCCAGUUUAUAUAUUCAAAAUAAUUUCGCAAUGGAUACAGGUUCAUUACAAAUAAGUUCAGUACAAUUAAAUAGUUUCUCAGCACUCAUUCAAAUUGAUGGCUAUGCUAAUAUUGGUUCAAUUUCCUUUGUUAUUUCACUCAAUAACGGACAAAUAAAACCAAGAAAUCACGAUACAAUUAUUUUAUUCUCAACAAACCAUACUCUUAAUAACUUGAUCAAUAUAAAUGAAACCAAUAUAAAGUUCUCAAAUCUUCAAGAUGUAAAAUUUAACAUUAUUAAAGAUAGUACAGGAAAUAUAAAUUUGGUAUUUUAUGAAUCAUCAUCUUUUUCGACUUGGAAAAUAAUAGUUAUUGUUUUAGUUGGUUGCGCAGUUAUCAUCUUAUCAAUAAUUUCAGCCAUUUAUUUUAUAAAAAAAAGAAAAAAUUCUUCAAUUGGUGAGGAGGGAAUUCAAUUCAAUACAAAAGAUAAAUAUAACCGUUAUAAUACUUUUGGGGAUCAAUAA